GGGGCAGUCCUGCCUCAGGGCGGAGGAUGCGCGCGCAGCGCCUUCCGCCUCAGCGGAAGUUUCUUCGUGGCAACUGAGGUGAGUCCUAUCCCGGCGGGUGGAUCCGAGGGUCUGGCGGCGCAUACUUGGACUCCACCCCAAUCACCAAAUUCAGAGAACACUGUUAAGAUGGAGUUUCUAGCCCAGUGAAUCUUGAGUGCCAGACCGUGACCCCAUAAAGCUUCCUGUUCCCUCCUCUGCCACUGCUGUUUUCUAGCAUGAUCAACUUUUGUCCAGACUGUGGGAAAAAUAUUCAAACAGCAUUCAAAUUCUGCCCCUACUGCGGAAAGCAUUUGCCUACCGGGGAGGAUGAGGAGCCCCAGAGCCUUCUCGGAUCGCUUCUGUCAUCUUUCCGAGACUCAAGGAGAGAGAGCAGCAGUUCUGAAAGCACUCCCAAGAAAGUGAAAUGGUCCAGCUGUGUCACUUCUUCCCCCGUCUCAGAUGCUUCUGGGUCUAAAGAUACCCCGAGUCCCUGUAAGAAACCCAAAGGGUCCCGGAGCAAACCCCCAACCCCCAAAAGCAGUCCACAGGCGACCAGGGUAAGCCCUCAGACACUGAAGCGGAGCCGAGUGACCACCUUACUCCAGGCUUUGCCCACAGGGACGGUGCUGACAGACAAGAAUGGGCAGCACUGGAAGCUGGGAUCCCUCCAGACCAGGAACGACCAGGGCAUUCUCUAUGAAGCUGAGCCUGUAUCCGCCUGCGCAGCAAGUUCCCGGAAACAAAGAUUCUCCCUUAAACUAGAUGCCAAGGAUGGGCGCUUGUUCAAUGAGCAGAACUUCUUCCAGCGGGCUGCCAAACCUUUGCAAGUGAACAAGUGGAAGAGGCUGCACUCAAGCCCCCUACUGGCCAUCCCCACCUGCGUCGGUUUUGGUGUUCACCAGGACAGGUACAGGUUCUUGGUGCUCCCCAUGCUGGGGAGGAGCCUUCAGUCCGCCCUGGAUGACCACCCGAAGCAUAAAAUGUCCAUGCAGUCAGUGUUCCAGAUGGCCUGCCGGCUGCUGGAUGCCCUGGAGUUCCUUCACGAGAAUGAGUAUGUUCAUGGAAAUGUGACAGCUGAGAAUAUCUUUGUGAAUCCAGAGGACCUGAGCCAGGUGACCCUGGCAGGCUAUGGCUUCGCCUUCCGCUAUUCCCCAGGUGGCAGACACGUGGCCUACGUGGAAGGGAGCAAGGGCCCACAUGAGGGGGACCUCGAGUUCAUCAGCAUGGACGUGCACAAGGGGUGCGGGCCCUCCCGUCGCAGUGACCUCCAGACCUUAGGCUACUGUUUGCUGAAGUGGCUUUAUGGGACGCUGCCGUGGACAAACUGUCUUCCUAACACCGAGGAUAUCAUGAAGCUGAAACAGAAGUUUCUUGACAGCCCGGAGACUCUCGUGGGAAAGUGCAGUCGCUGGAUGAGUCCCUCAGAGACCCUGCAGAAGUACCUGAAGGUUGUGAUGGCCCUCCAGUACGAUGAGAAGCCACCCUAUGCCCUUCUGAGGAAUGAUCUGGAAGCCGUGUUGCAGGAUCUGCGGGUGUCAGCCUACGACCCCAUGGACCUCCAGAUGGUGCCAUAGAACUUUCAACGUGCAGUACGAGAUAGAGGG